UCCUCUGACAAGUUUCCUUGCUUUCCUGUGAGAAUAGGCAGCCGCCGUCAUUGAGGAGCUGAGGGAGUUCAGGAGAUCAGAGGCAAGCAGCAGUUGCCUCUCUUCUGGGAAACCAGAUGACCCUCUUCAAAGUGAUAAUGUAAACAGCUAGUAACUGUUGGAACCGUGGGAGUUUGAAGUAAAACCUGAAGAAUUCUCCUGCAGGAUAAAGUGUAAAAGCAACCAGCACUAUCCCAGAGGAAGAAUAGGGGCAGUGAAGACAUGAGUCUGGUGGAGGUGAGGCAGAUGGCGGGGUCCCUCACCCUGUCCCUGUCCAGCAACGACCCCAAGGAGCGAUACUUUGACCGCAUGGACGAGAAUGACCCUGAGUAUCUCCGCAGCAAGAUGAUGUCGCCCGACCUGAAGCAGGAUUUCAACAUGAUGGAGCAGAAGAAGAGGGUCACCCAAAUCCUGCAGAGUCCGGUGUUUAAAGAUGAGUUGGAAGGCCUGAUUCAGGACCAUGUGACAAAGGGCACCAGCACUACAGGUCUCCUGGCUCUGAGACAGAUUGCUGACCUGGUCAUGUCAAGUACCUUGGGAGGGGUAGGCCCCCUGACUUCACCCAACAGUGUUGGGACGGUGACUCCAGUCAAUGACUUGUAUGGCAUCGAGUCCCCCUCCUAUGUCAAAGGGGAGAAAAUGAGUCGCUGCAGACUGGCCAGCCUCUACAGGCUUGUUGACCUCUUCAGCUGGGCCCGUUUUACGACCUCUUACAUUACUGUGCGUAUCAGUAAAGAGCAAGACCAUGUUCUUAUUAGUCCAAGAGGUCUGUCUUUCGCUGAGGUGACGGCGGCAAAUUUGGUGAAAGUGAACAUAAUUGGUGAGGUGGUGGACCAGGGUUCCACUAAUCUGGGUAUUGACCUCUUUGGCUUUGCUCCUCAUGCUGCCAUUUACUCGAUGCGCCCUGAUGUGAGAUGUGUAAUCCACAUACACACCCCCGCUACAGCUGCUGUGUCCUCGAUGAAAUGUGCAAUCCUGCCCAUUUCCCAGGAGGCUUUGCUUCUCGGAGACGUGAGCUGCUUUGGUUUCCAUGGCAGCCUUGAUAAUAAAGAGGAGAAGGUGGAGUUUCAGAAAGCUCUGGGCCCAACUGCCAAGGUGUUGAUCCUGAGGAACCAUGGCCUGAUCGCUUUAGGGGAAACAGUUGAAGAGGCUUUUCACUACAUGUACCACUCACAGCAAGCGUGUGAAAUCCAGGUGAAUGCUAUGGGGUGUUCAGGCGGCGUGGAUAAUCUCGUUCUCCUGGACAGAGAGAAGUUCAAACCCCUGACUCAGGGCGCGUUCGCUGCCGGGUUAGUGAUGGACAAUGAGGUCAAGUGGAAAGUGGGCGAGGCCGAACUUGAGUCCCUCAUGAGGAUGCUGGACAACCUGGGAUACAGAACAGGCUACUCGUACAGGAACCCCAUCGUCCGUGAAAAACCUCGCUCUAAGAACGAUGUGGAGAUCCCCGCCACGGUGUCCGCGGCCCCCCCGGAGGACGGUGAGCUGGGUCUGCGUAGCCCCUUCAAGUUUAUGGCCCAGAAACAGCAGAGAGAGAGGACCCGGUGGCUCAACUCGCCCAACAGCUACUUGAGGGUCGAUGUUCCUGAACACUCACCCAGCGGGGACGUCAGCCCCAGAACCAGGACCAUGUGGAUGAAGUCUUCAGAGCCAGGCAAUAACAUUGGCACACCAAUAAAGAUCGAGGACCCAAACCAGUUUGUCCCUCUCAACACUAAUCCCACAGAGGUUUUGGAUAAGAGGAACCGGAUUAAAGAACAGCACAGAGGUGACCUGAUGACUUCCGGACCAAAGUCUCAGCUACUAGCAGGCAUUGUUGUAGACACCGUAAAAGGACCAGCUUUCAUCAUCGAGGACGAAGAGCAGACUCGCUCUCUUCCCCCCAACCCUUUCAAUGAGCUCACAGAGAAGAUGCUGGAGGAAUACAAGAGCCUGGUGGAAAGAAAGCAGCUAGGCCAAGAAGAAGAUGAUGAUGCCACUGAUGCGGAAGAGAUGACCACCUUUGAUGGCUCUACUAUCUCCCUCUCCCUCUCUCCAUUAAUGACGCCGAUUAAACAAGACAUAAUACCCAAUGGGAAAGACCACUUAGAUGAGACGGACGAGGAUCUGAGCAUUGAGGUAUCAAAGCUGAGUGUGAGCACUUCAGAAACGGUGGAAAUCUCCAUUACAUCGAAUGAGAAGACAGGUGAGGCUCAGACCCCGGAGAGCCAAACCAAGUCCCCCAAGAAGAAGAAAAAUAAGUUCCGCACACCUUCGUUCAUGAGAAAGAGUAAGAAAAAGAAGGAUGAGAAAGAAAAAGCAGAAGCCUGAGGGGAGCAACUGUAAAAAACAAAACAAUAAUAAGUGUUUUGCUAGGAAAACAUCAGAAUUGCCUUCUUAAUUUGCAGCUUGUUGAAGGAAAGUGAAAUAAGAGGAAAUACUUUAAUUUAGUCAGCUUGUCUCCAAGGACUGUGUUGUUUUUACACAGCUUCCUACAUUCACAGCUAUUAUUUCAUGUGAAAAUGAUUCCGAGAAGUGCCAGCAGAUGGUAAUGUGGACGUGUUUUUAUCCUGCGAGAAUUUGAUAUUGAUCACUCCUGAAGGGCUCAGUAAAAUGAAAUCAAAUGAAAAGUGAACAUAAAACUGCAUAUUUGUAGUCUUUAUUACCCAUAUUUUUAAUGGGGUUUCAAAAUGGAAAUCAAAGGUUAUGAAAAUAUCAGAUUACAGUUACGUAUUUGUGAUAUCUUUUUGCACAAAUUCAUUGUUGAAUGUAUACUGAAAGCUAAGGAAAUUGUUUAACAAUUUAAAAAUGUAACAAUCACACAGGUAGUGUAACAAUGGCUAAGCAUAACAAGGUUUUACAACAUUCAGCCUCUUCAAAAGUACGAUUUGUAUCUGAAUCUAGUCAAAGUUAUGCUAUCUUGUAAUAAUAUAUGUUGAUUUAUAUUAUAGGUAUUACAAUAUAGUGUUUGAUAGUUAAAUACAUGAUUUUAUAGUCUUUAAAUAUUUACUUUACCUACUAACUCUUAUACUAAACAUGCUGUAAUUGGUAAUUCUGUAAUAUUUCAUAUUGUUGACGUCAGUGGUAUUGUUCCCAUGGUUGCUGCUUUAUCGUAAUUGUGACAAGGAAUGGACUGACUAACAGAAAGAGCCCAGUAAAGUGAGGAAUGUUGCGUAUUGAUGUUUUUGGGUGACAAGGUUUGACAUAUACAGAAUUGAAAGAACAUCAAUGCUUGUUUGGACGUUGACAAUGAAAGUGCCAAGCCUGAAUGGCAGGAAGUUGAAAGUGAUGGACGUUUUGCUCCAUAGUGUCAGUUGAUGGCUGUAUGCUGUGGAACGCUUGUCUUCAUCGCCACUGUUAGUGUGAUAUAAAGUAUAUUAGAGGAUUACAUAUUUACAUCCCAGUCAAUAAUGUGAAUGAUUUGUUUUGACCCAAAGGGCGUGAACUCUUUGCCUUUGUAAAUAGUUUGUAUUUGUGAAGUUAUUUUGUUAAGCUAAACCAAAUGUUAAACAAUGAAACUUAGAAAUGUGACAGUACAAUCUAAUAACACUAUUUUAACACGUCUUUUAUGGUAUUUUUUAUUCACCCUUAUUAAGCUCCCCAUUUAGUGAACAUGCACAGCGCACUGUGUUUACAAAUUGUAUUUACUUAUGUAAUGUGCUUGUAUUUUCCUGCAUUGUUUACACAGCUAUCUGUAUCGCCUGGGUUUUCUCCAUGGGGCUUUACAUUACAGUCACUGUUGAAGUCAGUCUUUCUAAAAUGGCCUCCCACCUGAUGUAAUAAAAGCUCAGAUAUGUUUCGAUAA